AACUGUUCUUUGAGCUCAUUCAGCUUCAGCUCCAGCUUCAGCUUCAGUUCCAGCUUCAACUUUAGCUUCAACUUUAGCUCCAGCUCCAGCUUCAGCUCCAGCUUCAACUUUAGCUUCAGCUCCAGCUUCAACUUUAGCUUCAGCUUCAGCCCCAGCUUCAGCUCCAGCUUCAGCUUCAGUUCCAGCUUCAACUUUAGCUUCAACUUUAGCUUCAGCUCCAGCUUCAACUUUAGCUUCAGCCCCAGCUCCAGCUUCAGUUCCAGUUUCACCUCCAGCUUUAGCUUCAGCUCCAGCUCCAGCUUCAGUUCCAGCUUCAACUUUAGCUUCAACUUUAGCUUCAGCUCCAGCUUCAACUUUAGCUUCAGUUCCAGUUUCACCUCCAGCUCCAGCUUCAGCUCCAGCUUCAACUUUAGCUUCAGCUCCAGCUUCAACUUUAGCUUCAGCUUCAGCUCCAGUUCCAGUUUCACCUCCAGCUUCAGCUUCAGCUCCAGCUUCAGUUCCAGCUUCAACUUUAGCUUCAGCUCCAGCUUCAACUUUAGCUUCAGUUCCAGUUUCACCUCCAGCUUCAGCUCCAGCUUCAACUUUAGCUUCAGCUCCAGCUUCAACUUUAGCUUCAGCUUCAGCUCCAGCUUCAACUUUAGCUUCAGCUUCAGCUCCAGCUACAGCUUCAGCCCCAGCUUCAGCUCCAGCUUCAGCUUCAGUUCCAGCUUCAACUUUAGCUUCAACUUUAGCUUCAGCUCCAGCUUCAACUUUAGCUUCAGCUCCAGCUUCAACUUUAGCUUCAGCUCCAGCUCCAGCUUCAGUUCCAGUUUCACCUCCAGCUUCAGCUUCAGCUCCAGCUCCAGCUUCAGCUCCAGCUUCAGCUUCAGCUCUAGCUUCAGCUUCAGUUCCAGCUUCAACUUUAGCUUCAGCUCCAGCUCCAGCUUCAGUUCCAGCUUCAACUUUAGCUUUAACUCCAGCUUCAACUUUAGCUUCAGCUUCAGCUCCAACUCCAACUUCAGCUCCAGCUUCAGCUCCAACUUUAGCUUCAGCUGCCUGAAGCUUUUCCAGACCUCUGAGGACGAGAGGAUCAUGAAAGCUGCAGACGAUCAGCUGUCGACAGAAACCGGAAAGCUCUCCAGGAUCAUCUGUCUUCGGUUUGAAACCCUGAAGGUCCAUGUCAGCUGAUGUUCUGCCUGCAGGUGGAGACGUGAAUCAGAUGGGGGGGACCAGACUCUCCAUGAGUCAGCAGUCCUGUAGAUCAGGAAGUUAGCACAUGGGCUCUGGUUCAAGGCCAUGCGGGGUCGUGACCUUGGGGAGGUGCAGCAGGGAAAGGCGUCUUUGUGGAGGCCAGAAUGGCGCCUCCUUCUGAAGGAGCGGCCUCCUCUUGGUCAGAGACAGAACCCAGCUGGACCAGGACAAUGAUGGAGAUUCUGUGCCACAGCUCCAGGAGUCUCCAGGCCUGUCCUCCACCUCGGAGCUGGUCCACACGACCGGCUCGAUGAACUCUGGGAGGUUCUGCAGAGUCCGGAUGGUUGGAUGUCACUGCUACUCUUGGAGUCUGAGGAACCUCCAGAGGAUUUAGGUCUGCAGACCUCCUCCACAGUGUCACCAGCCCUGAAGGUUCUGUGAGCGGAUGCUGGUCCUCGUUAAGCUCCUCCUCCUCCUCCAUCUUUGAUCUCCGUUUGGGGGAAAGAGGAGGAGCUGAAGGAGCGUUGACCUCCAGCUUCUUUUUGUCUCCCCCUCAUCAUGAGGAGCAGCAGCUGGAAACGCUCUCCACACAGAGGUGAGAACCUCCAGCGAGCUGCUUUGAUCAGUGAACGAGGAAAUGUUUUUAAUCAUGAGGAAAAUAAACAUCCCUUGGUGGUGUUUGGGAUCCUCCCAAACCAACAAACUCCUGACGGUUCCCCCUC